CAUACCAAUAAUUGGAACACGGGUUGGGUCGGGUUCUACGGAUUGUGUAAUCUAAAAUCCAAACCCAACCCAAAAGAGGCGGGUUGUACAAAAGAAAACCCUAACCCAACCCAAAACCUUCGAUUUAGCGAUAAAUACAGGUGGGUUGGGUCAGGUUGGACGGGUGGGUCGGUUUGCGGGUGUGUUUGUUCACCCCUAAUGUUAUUAGUUAAUGCCUUAACUGGUCCGGUAUCGGUAUUACCGAAUUACCGUCGGUAUUUACCGAUACUGGGGCCGGUAAACCGAGCUUCCCCAUUUGACCUCGGCUGCCGAUACCGCCGGUUACCGGUUCGGUAAAACGGUAAACCGUUUACCGACUUACCGUUUGUCACCCCUAGUUGGAAGUGUGACUAACAUGAUGUUAUCUUCUGUGACUCUGAGAUGUGAACUUCGUUCGAGUUGAACAAUCAAGGAAUUUUCUUUGCUCAAUUGCUUCAAGAAUCUUAGUUUGAGCAAACUUCAUGCAUGUCACCUUCAUCGAAAAAUAAAUCGAGUCAUUUCCUCCUAAAUUCACCUUCCUUGGUGGAUCACAAUUCAAAUACCUUCCAACCAUAUAUUAACAUAUUUUUCAUGAGAAUAAUCUUUUUUUUUCUAAUACUAUGAGUUGGUGACACAAAUUUUGACUAAAAAGUAAUAUACACCAAAGAAAGAGUGAUUAAAUCUAAUUCUAAUUUCUAAGCCUAAUUAUUUGAUUUCACUCUCUAAUCUCUAUCGAAUCCUUUCUUCCUUUCCCAGUAAAGGCAAAGGAAAGGCGUCAUAGGCAAAAACAGGAUAGUGUCUAUCCAAAUCCGACUGUCCAAAUCAUUUUCACUCCUCGUACGUCAAACCCACAAUAAAAAGACAAAAACUUGGCUCCACCUGGCGGAGGAUGACGCCGCCACGUCGGCACAAGCCUGUCGUGGGUGGCGAUUUUCAGACCCGCUGUGCCCUGCGAGCCAGCCUUCAAAUCAAGGCAGCUGAUAGAGGGAAGGAAAGCAAUCGCCUUUACGGGCGGGAACCUUUGAGCUUUUGCCCACCAAUCAUUCGAUCAAUUUCCCCAACCAAAAAUUUUCGCCCCGUUUCCCACACUCUCUUAACCAAAUCAUUUCAUCGGUUAAGACUUGAGAACAAAAGGCAGCAAAGUACAAACCCCCCUUUUCGUUAAUCUUCCCACGAAACCCCUUUUCUUCUUGUUGGGUCUAUCUCUUGACCCGAAAGCGAAGGUUUUGAUUCACCAAACCAACCAACCACUUUGCCGGGAUAACAAUUUUCAGUUGCCGCCAAGGGUUCUGUUGCUGGAAAUGAGUUUUUGGGUUUUGGUUAUUGAAGAAGAAGAAGAAGAAGAAGAGGAAAAGAAGAGUUUUUGAGGAGGGCUUAGCGACGAGAGAAAGGGAAGAUGGCAUUGUUUCGCAAACUGUUCUAUAAGAAGCCCCCUGACGGGCUGCUUGAGAUCUGUGAGCGCGUCUAUGUUUUCGAUUGUUGUUUUACAAUGGAUACAUGGCAAGACAAAGAUUACAAGGGGUACAUAUGUGGAAUAGUUGGCCAGCUUAAAGACCACUUCCCUGAUGCAUCAUACCUAGCAUUCAAUUUCCGAGAAGGAGAGACACAAAGUCAGAUUGCUGAUGUAUUAUCUGAAUACGACAUGACUAUCAUGGAGUAUCCUCGGCACUAUGAAGGCUGCCCUUUGCUCACAAUGGAAGUGGUCCACCAUUUCUUAAGAUCAGGGGAAAGUUGGCUUUCGCUCGGACAGCAAAAUCUGCUGCUGAUGCACUGUGAAAGAGGUGGUUGGCCGGUUCUUGCCUUCAUGCUGGCAGCACUUUUGAUUUAUAGAAAGCAAUACAGUGGAGAGCAGAAGACAUUGGACAUGAUCUAUAGACAAGCUCCUCGUGAGCUUUUGCAGCUGUUGUGUCCUCUAAACCCUGUCCCUUCUCAGUUGAGGUAUUUGCAGUAUGUUUCAAGAAGAAACGUGGCUACAGAGUGGCCACCAUUGGACAGAGCUCUCAACUUGGACUGUAUCAUCAUGAGAUUCAUCCCAAAUUUUGAUGGAGAGGGUGGGUGUCGUCCUGUGUUUCGUAUAUAUGGACAGGAUCCCUUUCUUGCUUCAGAUAGAACUCCUAAGUUCCUGUACUCCACUCCUAAGAAGUAUAAAACUUUCCGUGCUUAUAAGCAGGCAGAAUGUCAGCUAGUUAAAAUCGAUAUCCAUUGUGCAAUCCAAGGUGAUGUUGUGCUGGAGUGUGUCAGCAUACGUGAUGAAAUGGAGAGCGAAGAAAUGAUGUUUCGAGUGGUGUUUAAUACGUCUUUCAUCAGAUCAAACAUCUUGAUACUCAACCGGGAUGAAAUUGAUAUAUUAUGGGAUGCUAAAGAUCUGUUUCCAAAGGGCUUCAGAGCUGAGAUUAUUUUCUCAGAGGUUGAUGCCCAUGCUUCUGUUAUCUCUAUGGAUUUUGCUGGCCUUGAGGAGAAGGAUGGCCUGCCAGCUGAAGCGUUUGCCAAAGUUCAUGAGAUCUUCAGCUGUGUUGACUGGUCAGCACCAAAUGCAGAUGUAGCAUUUAACAUGCUCCAGCAAAUGCAUGACAUGGAUUUUGGACAUAGUGCAGAACAAAGUCCUCAAAGUCGGGAAACCAGUCCAGGAAUGCUCCAUGACAGAAGGAAGAGAGAACGGUUGAUGAGGAGCUCACUACUCUCGUGGGAAAAUGCUGAAGGUCUCGUUGCGCCAGAGUUAUUAUCUCCACAUACAAAUUUUUUCCAGGAUGAGCAGCAAAAUCUUGAGAAUGACAAAGAGACACCACCAACUACUCCUUUGGAUCUGACCAUUAAAGAUUUGUUACGUGACAAUGCCUCACUUCAGAAUACCGAGACACUAAAAAGGAUCUUGACGAACUCGCUAGCACAAAAUUUGGACCAUAUGGACUCACCAAAUUCAGUUUCACCUACUCGAUCGGUUGAAGCUGAACAUGAAGUUUCCACUCAGACGCCUCAAUCAGCAUCUGGCCAUGGCAUUCGAGGUGCCGAGACCAGAAGUGCUUCUGAUUCAUCAUCAGUACCUCAACUACAACCUCCUAUCGCUUCUGCUGCUGAGAAGCUCCUUAUGUGUGCACAGUCAUCUGCAAACCAUCAAACUGCUCCUCCCAAGGCUCUCUCAACUUCACUACUCCCUUCUGCUCCACCACCGCCACCACCACCACCACCACCACCACCAUCAACUUUGGCUUUGGAGGAGAAUGUUGUCAAAGCUGAACCUCCACCACCAUCAACUUCGGCUUUGGAGGAUAAUGCUGUUAAAGCUAAACCUCCACCACCACCACCACCACCUCCUCCUCCAUCUUGUCCAGUAAAAGCUACAAGUCCUUCAAUGGCCCCACCAAAGGCUCCACCUCCACCGCCUUUACCUUCUUCUGCACUCUCUGCUCCUCCACCACCUCCUCCGCCACCGCUUCCUCCUGUAUCUUCAUCUGCCCCUCCUCCUGCCACCUCCAGGCAUUCAAAUGCUCCUCCUCCACCACCUCCUCCUCCUCCUGGUACUGCUAGACAUACUUCUUCUGCACCGCCAUCGCCACCACUUCCUCAUUCUGCAGCACCUCAAGCUCCUCCUCCGCCUCCUUGUUCUUCUGCACCUCCUGCUCCAUCUGCCCCAGCGCCACCACCUCCUCCGCCUUCAGCUAAUGGUACUUCCAGAGCUGGUAGUGGUGGAGAUGCCUUGUCUGGACCUCCAUCAACUGUACCACCAUCUCCUGCUCCGCCAAUGAGUGGUGGCCUGGGGGGCAAGGGACGGUUGUCUCGUGCCAUAAGGAACAAUCAGAAAAAGUUGAAACCUUUGCAUUGGUUGAAGUUAACAAGAGCUGUGCAAGGAAGCUUGUGGGCCGAGGCACAAAAAUCAGGAGAAGCCUCCAAAGCUCCAGAGAUUGAUAUGUCAGAGCUGGAGAGUCUUUUUGCUGCAGCAGCGCCAACUCCAGCUGGUGGGGGUAAAACGAAUGCACGUGGCAAUCGUGGACCUAAGACUGAGAUAGUGCAGUUGAUUGACCACAGACGAGCCUACAACUGUGAAAUCAUGCUUUCUAAGGUUAAGGUUCCACUGAGUGAAUUGACGGGUUAUGUUUUAGCUCUGGAGGAUUCAGCAUUAGAUGUAGAUCAAGUAGAAAAUCUGAUAAAGUUUUGUCCUACCAAAGAGGAAAUGGAACUCCUUAAGGGCUACACUGGAGACAAGGAAAAGUUGGGGAAAUGUGAACAGUUCUUCUUAGAGUUGAUGAAGGUUCCAAGAGUGGAAGCUAAGCUCAGAGUUUUUGCUUUUAAGAUGCAGUUCCGUUUACAGGUUUCCGACCUCAGGAAUAGCCUAAAUACAGUAAACUCGGCUGCAAAACAGAUCAGGAAUUCUGCCAAAUUAAAGAGAAUUAUGCAGACUAUUUUAUCAUUAGGGAAUGCUUUGAACCAAGGAACUGCUAGGGGUGCUGCAAUUGGAUUUAGGUUGGACAGCCUACUUAAACUGACCGAUACCCGGGCAAGGAACAACAAAAUGACUCUCAUGCACUAUCUUUGCAAGGUGCUUGCUGACAAGUUACCGGAGCUUCUUGACUUCUCGAAGGACAUAAUCAGUUUGGAACCUGCAUCCAAGGUACAAUUGAAGUUCUUAGCAGAAGAAAUGCAAGCUAUAAGCAAAGGACUUGAAAAGGUCAUGCAAGAGCUAUCAUCCUCGGAGAAUGAUGGUGCCGUUUCUGAGAACUUCUGUAAGACCCUUAAGGAGUUCCUUCGAUUUGCUGAAGCUGAAGUAAGAUCACUUGCUUCUUUGUACUCCGGAGUGGGUAGGAAUGUGGAUCAAUUGAUUCUUUACUUUGGAGAGGAUCCAGCCCGUUGCCCAUUUGAACAAGUUUGUUCGACGCUGCUCAACUUUGUGAGGCUAUUCAACAAAGCUCACGAUGAGAACUGCAAGCAGCUUGAAAUGGACCUGAAGAAAGCAGCAGAGUCCGAAAAGAACAAAGUAGCAGUAGAUGCAUCCGAGAACAACCCAACCAAGUCCUUGCUGCAAACUGCAGUCCAAACCAGCAGUGUCAAAUGACCAAAACCUUCAAGGCCAUCAACUUUUUCGCCGUUCUCAAAACUGAAACCUUUAAGGAAGCCUAUCUCAAGUACUGAACAGGCAAGGACGGCACCUUAUGGGACGUCGAAUGAAGCCUGCCGACGAGUACGUACACCUGGCUGGUGGAUCUAAAAACCUGAGUCUCGACACACGUAGCGUUAUCAGUCUUGCUGAUGGCUCAAAAGUUUCCAGCUUUCUUCUGCUAGAAGGUAAUCCCCCUCCGCCAGGCUCUUGAAACCCACAAGAAUCGAAACACAGGCUGUUAGAAAGUACGAUGCUUUUUGAAGGGUAGGGUUGGCUACUUGUACAUGUUCUUUUUAGUAACCCUUAACAUUCCAGCUCUAUGGGUGGAAGUAGGAGGGAAGAACUCCCUUUCUGCUGCCCCUCACAAUUUUGUCUCCUGACUUUGUUUCUGUUUUCUGAACAACCUCUCUGCCUGUAGAAACACAUAUACAUCUGUUUUAGCCUGUACAUAAAAAUAGUGUUGUAGAAAUGACUUCUUUCUUUCUUUCUUUCUUUCUUUCCUUCUGCUUGCUUUAUUCAGAGUUAGCCUCCUCCCAACAGGUUAGCUGUGGAGAUGUUUCAAGAAUUAUGGGCAGUCAUAUGGUAUCCGAACCGAAGUGCAUCGUACUCGAUCUGACUAGCUCGAUUUUAUCCUAACAUUGAUCUCUACCGAUUUAACGAGAUGCGACCCGAAUCGCUAGACAUGUCAUUGCCCCAACAAAUCCUCCAAGUUGUAUAAAAGACAUGGAUUGCAAAACCCAUGUGAUCAUAUUUAUAUCAAUUUGUUAAUGAGAUUAAUAGGGUUAGUUUAUGUGGAUAUGAUUGGCAAUCGUAUCCAUAAUACCAUGAGUUUUGGAAUAUGGGACUGUGUCUGCUUCUUUUUGGCUCUUCCUUUGCCCUCAAUCAACGGCAAGAAUAAUUUCACAUUCUACCAUCCAACUAAUAGGGAUUCAGAAAGCCCAUAAAAAUCAUACAGCGUCUUGCAAGAUAAUCUCGUAUGAAAAACAUCAAUUUUUAUUAUUUAGUUGGUAUCUUCUUUUGAAUACUUGAUACCAAAUUGAUUUGUGAAUAGAAAAUUUAGAAUCAA